UGACGUGAGUCUGAUGCAUUCAGCAGCUCAGGUAAUACGGAGAAACACGCAGCCUAUUACAUCCAUCCGCUUUCCGCGACGCCUUGAGUCGGAUACCCGCUACGAUCCGCGUUAUUUACAACACGUGGGGGACGCGCUAAAUGCAAAUCUGAUCCGGACACCGAUGCAUCCGCUGAAGAUGUUUAAAUCUGCCAAAGGGGUGGAUCUGACCGGCAUAUUGAUCUGAUUCAUCUUCUCCGUUUCCUUCGCACUGACAAUAGCAACACACGCCUGAAAAAAGAGGGGGGGAUAUUAGUUUGUUUCAGCGCUUUGUCGGAAAGUAUUUCGCCUGUUUUCAUGCUGCUUAAGCGACGCGCAUGCGUUUGCUGCCGUCGGGAUUAUCGCCGUACCCAGGACUAAGUUGCAUCUUUCGGAUCCUCACUCGAAGCCGUACCCUUUGCACAAAGUUAGUAAUGUGGACAGUUCAAGACCGAGGUUGUGCAGGGAUUUUGUUCCUCCCUAUGAUGAUAGCCAUGGUCCGCUGUGCGCAAAGCGCAACUGAGCCCAGAAACAUGUCAUACGUGAAAUCAACGGUGGAUAAAUUGCUCAAAGGAUAUGACAUUCGUUUAAGGCCCGAUUUCGGAGGUGCUCCAGUCGAUGUCGGGAUGAGCAUAGAUAUCUCCAGCAUCGACAUGGUCUCGGAAGUCAAUAUGGACUACACCCUCACCAUGUACUUCCAGCAAUCGUGGCGGGACAAGCGUCUCUCCUACACGGGAAUCCCGUUGAACCUGACGCUAGACAACCGGGUGGCCGACCAGCUGUGGGUGCCUGACACCUACUUCAUCAACGACAAGAAGUCCUUCGUGCACGGCGUGACGGUGAAGAACCGCAUGAUCCGGCUGCAUCCGGACGGCACCGUGCUCUACGGCCUGAGGAUCACCACAACGGCUGCCUGCAUGAUGGAUCUCCGCCGGUACCCCCUGGACGAGCAGAACUGCACGCUGGAGAUCGAGAGUUAUGGCUACACCACCGAUGACAUCGAGUUUUACUGGAAAGGUGGCAGCGCUGUCACGGGGGUGGACAACAUCGAGCUGCCCCAGUUCUCCAUCAUCAAUUACGAAACACUCUCCAAGAAGGUGGUCUUCACCACCGGCUCCUACCCCCGGCUCUCCUUGAGCUUCAAGCUGAAGAGAAACAUCGGCUACUUCAUCCUGCAGACCUACAUGCCCUCCAUCCUCAUCACCAUCCUCUCCUGGGUCUCCUUCUGGAUCAACUACGAUGCCUCCGCUGCCAGAGUCGCCCUAGGGAUUACCACGGUGUUGACCAUGACCACCAUCAGCACCCACCUGCGUGAGACCCUACCCAAGAUCCCCUACGUCAAGGCCAUCGACAUCUAUCUGAUGGGAUGCUUCUUCUUCGUGUUCUUGGCGUUGCUGGAGUACGCCUUCGUCAACUACAUCUUCUUCGGCCGAGGUCCCCAUCUACAGAAGAAGGCAGCAGACAAGGCUACCAAGACCAAUAAUGAGAAGGCCGGUUUGGAGGCCAACAAAGUGCAGGUGGAUGCUCACGGCAACAUCCUUCUGACCAGCCUGGAGAUCCGCAAUGAGGUGACAGGCGCGGAGAUGCUGGCAGGCCUCGGUGACCCGCGGCCGGGUGUCUUCUCCUUCGACAACGCCAGCAUCCAGUACCGGCGGCCCAUAAUGGCCCGCGACCUCUACGGGCGCCCCCCUGCCGACCACCCCACGACGCUCCACAAGAAGGGGCGCCUGCGGAGGAGAGCCUCGCAGAUCAAGGUCAAGAUCCCCGACCUGACAGAUGUCAACGCGAUAGACAAGUGGUCCCGCAUGAUCUUCCCCAUCGCUUUCACCUUCUUCAACCUGGUCUACUGGCUUUACUACGUCCACUAGACCAGUGCUGUCGCUCUUCUCUCAGCUGGGCUCAUCCAUCCACUUCAUUUUCAGUCAAUGCUUUUCCACUCUUAAUCCAAAGGACCAUGGUGGAGUUUAAAUUUAGUCUCAACUGCCAGAUAAGGUUUAGCGGUUUUUUUUUUUGCUUGUGAAACUAUGAACUGAGGACAGCAGAUAUUGUUUUUUUCCACCUCAAGGAGACGUUUCUAAUAUUUCUCAGAAUAAGAAAUGGAAAUAGGCAUGACUUGAUGCAUUGCAUUUUUUUUUUUCUUUUUGCAGCCCAUAUCUAGCACUGGAUUAACCUGGAGCAGUGUGCCAUAAUAAUCUUUGCUCUUUUCUGCAUGUGAGAGCCCCAUCACUUCUUAGUUAUUAGCUUAAGAAGGACACUGUAUGUGUCCGAAUGGAGCAAAGCCGCUGGAAUAAUAUAGAGGAAUCUUGUUUCUUUUUUGCCUGCGGAAAGAUCUGCGGACACAUCUUGCAUGUUUGUGUGACAUGAUCAGGUACACGUUCAUGUUGAUUUAAACUAUCCUUGCAUGUUUUCAGACUUCUCAUGCUUUUUUGCACCCCAAAGCCCAAGCCCGAAAUUUGCUCCGGUGUCUAUCUUCAUCCCGGCAUUUGGGAGAUCAGCAAAAGUUCAACGCUGAACUGGCUUCCGCACAGACGUUCUUUGAUCUCCGUGUCUCUAAGAUUCAUGAACUCAUCUAAAGGUUGCUUUUUAGGAGGUUAAGUAGACUCAGAUAAUCUUAUAAGACCAUACGCUUUACAAGAAAUCAGGUAUGCAAACACAACACUUUUCGAAACCACGUAAGGUACAUAAGCGAUUACAACAAAGUGUGUAGCAGGUAUUCUCAGUUGAAUUCAGCUGCUCAGGACUGGCUGAACCCUGGCAGCACAAACAACGAGUAAGCAAAAUGCCAUCUCGCCACCGAAGCCCCAGUUGAUGCCCCUCAUUAGAUGCAUCUGUCACUGACCAAAUGUAUGGUUACAGUUAACGUGUUAAAUUAUCUAAUAUGACUGUGUUCUGUGGAAGUGGCCCCGUUGAUGCUUAUUUAUUUGUUUGAUUUGUUUGCUUGCUCUCUUACUGAUUUAACUGGAUUGCUGACUGGUCUAGCAGCACUGGUGUGCCUGCUGUAUAUAUUCACAGUAUCACGCACAAUAGAUUUGAGAAAAGAGCAUUGGGUAUGCACAGUUCAGUCUAAUGGUGGUGCUCAUUUUAGAAGUGUUUCUCUAGUGCUGCCCAGAGUAUUGUUAGGCUAAUUUAAUAUAAUACUUUAAAAAUUACUUACGGAAUAGGGGCAUAUGAUUUAAUCAUGGUUCCCUCUGUUCCGAGCGCUCGUCGAAUGAUCAUUGUCAGAAACAGACACUGUCUUCAGUAUGGGGUACUGGGUGCAGACCAACCCUACAAAAUAUAAGGUUGGAACAUUCUGGAAGGGUGAUUUAAAGUGAAAGCUGAAGCGAUGACCUCACGCUGUCAGGUAUUCCCAGCUGCGGUCUUCACCCCCUGUUUUUGUGCACUUUUUUAGCGAAGCACCACCAGGGACUGAAAUGUAACUCGCGAUGAUCUGAUCGACAGCCCCCCCCCCCCCUUUCUGGAGUCCGUCCAAUGGGAGCACGAUGUGGGGUGCAGGUUUGCAGGGUAGAAAAUGUGCGUUAAGCAUUGGGCAGAUCUUUCUGUACCUGUCAGGUGGGGCUCUGUUCUCUCCAUGGAAACUGAGUUCUAACCGGCAUCUUGACACCUCCAAUGCAGGAACCAGCUGAGUCGUGUGAAUGGGUCAAACAGGGUUUAUCUCUUUAAAAAAAAAAAAAAGGCACAUUUGAAAUGCUUCCACGUUUUGCACAAUUAUCAACAGCACAUUGUGUUUUCUUUAAGACUGAAUAUUGUGCCUUCAUGCAGAAAAAUAUAUAAAAUGUCUGGAAUGUAAAUGAUAUGCGUUUCUUUAGAAAUCAGAAACUAAAAUAUAAUGUAUCAUUUCUGGUGUUAAAAUGUACACGCUGUAGUUGUUGAACAUUCCUGAGUUGAAGACAAUCUGUAAAUACAACAACAAGCAUAUUUUGCAUGUUCUUUUUCCGCGUGUGUUUCCAUUUUAUUUUUACGCACUUCAUAAUAGCUCGGAUCGCUCCCUAACGGCGGACACCUCCCUAAAGCUGUACUGUCUGGCUUUGUUCAGUGCUUCUGAAAGUUUAAAUGGGCGACAUGCUGCACUUUGCUGACUCGGCACAGUUGAACCUUAAGCACACUUCUCUUCGUAUUUGAUUGUAUGCAUGAAUGUACCAUAAAGGAUGCGCCCGUAGCCCGGAUGCGACGGGGAGCCACGCCGGCCGCCUCGCCACAUGCGCCGGUCACUGAAGGAGCCCUGCUGGCCGCACGAUGCAGCGCGGCGAUGCCGGAGCGAACGGCGUUACCCAUCAGUGCUCCUCAUUCAGGCUGAACUUUGCCGUUGUUUUGGCGUCCUCCAUCUCCGUCGCUUCAUGAGUUCAUGUCUGUGCCUUGGCUGUGCGUCAAACAGGAUUAUACAUAAACAAUAGUAUUAUUAACUCAGUUUAGAAGCGAAAUUAGGUUAAACCAAAUCGUCUGAUUUAAUCUCAGUAGUAAACACGAUAAUCACAAUCCUAUUUUCCACUCCAUGGCUAUUAUAUACAAAACAAAAAAUGUAUAUUUGAAUAAGAGAAUAUUAUAUGUUUAACAGUUAUAUAUAGUCUGAACCAGGGGUGCCGUAAGGGUGGAGGGAGUUAGGACAAUUCCAAAAAAAAAUAAUAAAAACUGGAUUGGUCUGGGUUGGGGGCUCAAUGUGAUAUGCUUUCAUGGGGCCCAAAAUCUCUAGCAGCACCCCCUGGUCUGAACAAUUGUGAAGGUAUUCUAUAUUCAGGCAGGAAUCACUCAGCAAACAGAAUUUAAAAGCUGUAAAAUAUCGUGCUUUAAACAUUUAAUAGAUAUUUUAAGAAAACGGGAAAGGCAUUAAUUUCUGCUGUAAGUAUUUGUCAGUAAAAUGUGUGGUAACGUAGUAGCACGGGAUCUACUGAGAAUGAGGAGCAGUUGACAGGGGAAAAGGCACAGAGCUGCUGUAUGUCAUGUUUCAGCCCUCAGGAAAUGCAGAAAUUAACCUUGAUGUUGUAUAGGUCCUGCUGCUUGGCAGAAUGAUUGUAUUGAAAGGGAAAUAAAAUCUUACAAUGUUGAAUGUCCCCAAAAGCAACAGGAAAUUCUUUGUAAAUGCUUUGUAUAUGAACUUUGUUUAAAAAGUGUUUUAUCGUAAAUAUUCCUGCUGCAUUUCUUUAUAUUUUGUAUUUUCCUGGAUCUGUAAUAAACAGAAUAAUGAGAGGGAUAUUUGUUUUGUUGGUUGUCAUUAUAAUUCUUUGUUGUAUUUCACCUUGAUGGGGGGGGUGGUGUUUAUCAGUUCUGCGUGAUUAAUGUUUGUCAGACCCUGCUUAUCUGACAAGCAUAAUUAGGUCAUUUUGUUAAAAUCAUGUUACUUAUUCAUCUACAUUCUUUGCAUCCUUUAUGUACUAAUUUGUCCUUCCUUCUUACCUUUUACUGUGUCAUUAUUUAAAUGUCUGGAGAAAAAAAACAUAGCUAUUUAUGACUUUUUAUAAUCUUCUUACCCUUAAGAAUAAUCUUUACCAAUUGUCCACUUGAAAGCAGUGAUGUCAUUAAAUAGCCAAAUAAACGUCAUUCAUGAUAA